AUGGCAAGGACUGCCAGGGUCAAGUGUGACAGGGCCAGGAGUAUCAGGGCCAGGAGUGCCAGGGUCAAGUGUGACAGGGCCAGGAGUGCCAGGGCAAGGACUGCCAGGGCAGGAGUGCCAUGGCAAGGACUGCCAGGGUCAAGUGUGACAGGGCCAGGAGUAUCAGGACCAGGAGUGCCAGGGUCAAGUGUGACAGGGCCAGGAGUGCCAGGGCAAGGACUGCCAGGGCAGGAGUGCCAUGGCAAGGAGUGCCAUGGUCAAGUGUGCCAGGGCCAGGAGUGUCAGGGCCAGGAGUGCCAGGGUCAAGUGUGCCAGGGCCAGGAGUGCCAUGGUCAAGUGUGCCAGGGCCAGGAGUGCCAUGGCAAGGACUGUCAGGGCCAGGAGUGCCAGGGUCAAGUGUGUCAGGGCCAGGAGUGCCAUGGCAAGGACUGUCAGGGCCAGGAGUGCCAGGGUCAAGUGUGCCAGGGCCAGGAGUGCCAUGGCAAGGACUGUCAGGGCCAGGAGUGCCAGGGUCAAGUGUGCCAGGGCCAAGAGUGCCAUGGCAAGGACUGUCAGGGCCAGGAGUGCCAGGGUCAAGUGUGCCAGGGCCAAGAGUGCUAUGGCAAGGACUGUCAGGGCCAGGAGUGCCAGGGCAAGGACUGUCAGGGCCAGGAGUGCCAGGGCAAGGACUGUCAGGGACAGGAGUGCCAGGGUCAAGUGUGUCAGAGCCAGGAGUGCCUUGGCAAGGACUGCCAGGGCCAGGAGUGCCAGGGCCAAGAGUACCAGGGACAUGUAUGUCUGGGACCGUCUCAGAACCCUGGCUGA